GUAUUGUGCACACGCCCCUGCUACCGCACAUCGAAGCAUGCCUCACCCCCGGAAUGUCGCACUCGCAGCAAUGGCGCUGUGGUUGGGCGCAAUUGGUGCGUUAGCCUUCGUCGUGGUGGCUCCACACUCCUCUCUGUCAGCCUUCUCGAAACAUGCGUCUCGCCAACCUCAUGAGCACCACCUCCUGGGCUACCGCAACACUGGCGCUAGGAAGGCGCGAGGGGUCCAAGGCCUGUCAGCUUCGAUACCGAGUGACCUGAAAGGAAGGGAAAGACUGGAAAAGUUCUUGGGCGACUGUGCUCUACUCGGCCCUACGCGCUUUGUUUCCGUAACCGACGGCGCUAUCCUGGAGGCUGUGGGGUCGUUUGACAAUCUCCGGUACACCGAUCUUCCCAAGGGCAGGUACGCUACCGUUUCCGAGGGCAAGGGGUUCGAGUGCCACCUCAACUGCGACAAAGUCAAGAGUAUCAAGAUGGUGACGAAGCAGAGUCCUGGCGGAUCGUUCGACUUGUACAUCACUCGUUUCUUAGACGAGGAAGGAAACACGCUGCUCUCCGCGAUGCUGCACGGCGUGGAUGGCGCGUACGAGCCCGGGGCCGCUGACUACUGGGAUAAGUUGAGGAAGACCUUCGGAGAGGACCAAAGCGUUGCGUAGGUACCGUUUACCGGCGGCUUUUCCCCGUGGUAGGGGUAGAGACGGCAGUGCAAAUUGCGGGCAGGCUCUUGUACCUUCGCGGGUUUGGGAAGCGCAGGGUGUGGGCAGAGAAGAUCUUUCCGACGCCACUGCACAGUUUCGACGAACCGAUAUUGCUGUCCGCCGCAUUCAAACGCCUCGGAAGCUCGAUCUCUUGUAGAUGUUCGGCGGUGCGCGACAUAAACAAACAAUAAUUGAUGUACCACUGUGAGGAAGUCUGCAUGGCAAAGCGCUGGUGAUGAAUGCCACCGUUUUCUUGCAGGAAAACGCUUUAGUAUCAAGCCCACCACUGGGUGGGCAUCCGGACGUGUUUGUCUGCCACGCCACCUUUCUUUUCGUGUAUUAUAUUGAAGCGUCGAACGAUUUCAACGCAAAAGUGCUACCGGCAAAGGCAGUGCUCACAACACGAGAUAUGGCAUUCCGACGAAAUAUGAGCGCGUGUGUGUUCGUCCCAUCUAUUCCGGCGCCAGUAAACUCACCUACCUUUCGGUGUAUGAGUUUGUCGGGGUCACGCAAGAGAACGGUCACAUAAGAUCUCGAA